AUGCUCAAGGCCGCCAGAUUUGUAUGGCUCAGAAGUCUCGUCGUGGUUUGUGAAGCUAUCCCAGAAGCUUGGAGAUUUGCGUUGUCCUGUCUGCUGAAAGAGGACUUGCAGCAGGACGAACAUUUACAGUUUCAUGGCGGCAUUUACGUGGAUUUUCUUGAUGUGCCAGAUCACCAUCGUUUGGACCACUCGAACUCUCUCGCCCCCCUGAGCCCGUGCUUAGCGACGAGGUGGUGCCAGGCUUCGUUUUGGUGGAUCAAAUUGACAACACCAGGUGUCCGAAAGGAUCUCGCCAUAUCAACGGAAAAGCAGAGAGCAAAGACAAGCGUGAGUCCGAAUGCAAACAAUUUCAAGGUGCUUGGUUUUCUGAGGGCUUCACUUGGACUUCGCGGUGGACUUCUCGGUGGAAAACGCGGGGUAUCGAGGUUUGCUCCCUUCACGUCAAUGGAGAGAAGAAGAGAAUAUGCAGAUAUAAAGAAGCCGCCGCAAGAUGCCCAGAAAUACUGA